UCCAGGUUGCCAUGGCGGCGGGAGGGGCCGGGGGAGCGCGGGGGCCGCCGGGAGCGCGGGCCGCGCCGUGCCGGUGGCGCCAGCCGGGGGCCGCAGCUGUGAGCGGCCGUUACCCGCCGCCUCUCCCUCAGGUGCCGCCCGCCGCCAUGAGCAGCGGCGGCAGGAGGAGGAGGUUGAGGAGGGCCGCCCGCCUCGCCCCGCCGUCCUCCUCCAGCUCCGAGGGCGAGGAGCCCCUCAGUUCUUCCGGCUGCUCCCCGCUGUCCCCCGCGGCCCGCCCCAGCUCCCCGAGCGGCGAGGAGGAGGAGGAGGAGGAGGAGGGGGCGGCGUGCUCCCGAAGCCGGCGAGGCCAUAGGAAGGCUGAAGACUCUGAAAUAGCAGGGGGAAAAAAAGAGUCACCUUUGAAAGACAACCUUUCACCAUGGGAAGAAUGGUUCAUUGGCAAGGAGAAGGAACUGCGUGCCCGCUUACAAGCUAGAGCUGCAGAGGAAAUACGUAUGCAGCUUGAGAAGAUGAAGGAAAAGCAAGAAUAUGAAAGGAGGAGAAGGAUAGCUGAAGAGAAGCACAAGGAAUGGGUCCAAAAAAAAAGAGAAGCGGAAAGAAGGGAAAGGGAACGAAAGCUGAGCAAAGAAAUGGCAGAAAAAGCCACAAGGGAACUAGAAAAAAUGCAGUUACAAGAAAAGGCUGAAGUAAAAUAUAAAGAGUGGUUAAAAAAGAAGAGAGCUGAAGAGGCAGAAAAGAAGAAGAAAGAAAAGGAAAAAGAAAAAGAAAGGGAAGCUGAGCUACAGGAGAAGAAAGCAAGAUCAGAGAAGAUCUUUAAGGAAUGGCUACAAAAUGCUAGAAAUAAACCACGCCCUGCUUUAAAUGGUUACGGCUUCCCAUAUGGGAAGUCUGCAGGGUGUGCUGAUGGAAACUCAUAUCCAGCUCCAACAUAUUGUAACCCCAUUCCUUGGAAACCUGUACAUGUGCCUUCUCCAAAGGAAGACAGAGUUCUUACAGUGAAGAAGAGUAAGAGACCUGUAUCAUGUCAGUCACAUGCAUCUUCGCCUAUGGUAAUUUAUAAGCACAAGAGCAACCCUUGUGUUGGAUCCUUGUGCAGAAAGCAGUUAUAGUACAGCAAACAAAACUAUUAUGAUCUUGAGUGAACUGUGCCAUAAAUGUGAAGUUAUAUGCAAUUAUAUGUCCAAAACAGGCUGCUUUCUUAUUAUUAUUUCUGUGAACAGGUUUUGUGUUUACAGCUAACUGACUGAUCAGCUUUUUUAUAUGGUUUUUUAAUAUGUUGCAUUUUAGUAAAAAAAAAAAGGCAUAUUUAGCCAAUCGUAAUGGGACUGUAUCUCAAUACUAAUAAAACGCACAAGAUUA